AUGCCUGUGCUGAUUUCUGCCUCUGAGCCGUCGCUCGACCUGGCCUCGCUUCGCCUGGAGCAUGCGGCAAGAGCUCUCCAGCGGGACCUGGACGACCUUGAACAGGCCAAAUGUGGAGCCAGCGAUGGUGAGCCUCGGGGAACGAAAAGGUCGCUAAUUGAAGAUGCCCGUUGUUAUGGCCGUGGCACCAAAUACGUGCUUCUUUUCAUUGUGGUGCUUGCGUGCUUUCUGGGGCCCAUGGGCACGUCGAUAUUGUAUCCGGCGUCGCCCGACGUGGCCCGGAGCUUAAACACAUCUGAAAGCGUGGUGAAUAUCUCUGUGGGAACGUACAUUUUGUCGUUGGGCAUCUUCCCGCUCUGGUGGCUGAACUUCUCGGAACGACACGGCCGAAGGACCAUCUACAUCAUCUCGUUCACGUGGUUUUUGGCCUUUUGCAUCGGUGCUGCUUUAGCGCCGUCCAUUGGCGUGCUUAUAGCGCUUCGUUUCUUGUCGGGAGCCGGUGCUUCCUCCGUUCAGGCUUGUGGUGCUGCAACAGUGGCCGAUUUGUACGUCCAGGAAGAACGAGGUUUUGCGCUAGGGCUUUUUUACCUCGGCAACCUCGUUUCGAUCUUUUUGGCGCCGGUUAUCGGCGGUGCCGUUUCGGAGGCCUGGGGCUGGAGAGCCACCAUGUGGGUUAUGGUCAUCGCCUGUGGCCUUAUUCUCGUUUUGGUGGUUUUCCUCUUGCCAGAAACGCUCCGCAAGGACGACAACAUGACUCUCGUCAUGCAGCGGCUCCAGGAGCAGCUCGAGGGCAAGAACGAGAAGGAUCCAGCCGCUAUAGGUGCCGUUUUGACCCGGGAACGCUCGAUCCACCUGAUGUCUGGCGCUGACGUUUCCAUAGCGCCGGAAAGGUACCUCACAAACAACUCGGAGCACUCUGCACGGCUCCAGCAACUAGCCAAACAGGCUUCCUUGGUGGAAAGCCACACCAGCUGGUCCACACAGCUCUACGACUACUUGAUCCGGCCGCUUCAUUCAGUGGUCCUUUUGGGCUACCCACCGGCACUCUUGUCGAUCAUGUACUCGUCCAUUCUUUUCGGCGGCAUGUACUUUUUCAAUGCCUCCUUGACGUACGGUUACAGCAGAGACCCGUACAACUAUAGCCUGGUGGUGGUGGGUCUCAUGUACAUUCCGAUGUCGGUGACGUACGUGAUAGCGUCGAUUUUUGGCGGCAAAUGGCACGAUAAGCGGCUCAAGCGGUACGCAGCGAUGCACGAUGGAGACCUAGCUGGAGAAGCCAGGAUCUCGUGGAACUGCGUUAUCGGCGUCAUCGGCUAUCCGAUCUCGUGUCUCAUUUUCGGCUGGUGUAUCCACUACGGAGAGCACUGGGUGACGCCGCUUGUGGGAACGGCGCUUUUCGGCUUCUCCUAUAUGCUUUUGGUGGGUGUCACCUUCACGUAUGUUGUGGACGUGCUUCCAGGCAAAGGAGCCACGGGCGUCGCUCUCAACAACUUGGUGCGUCAGGUUCUCGCUGCCAUAGCGACGUUUGUCACUGUACCUCUCACCGAAGCUCUCGGAUCAGGCGUUUUGUUCUCCAUCAUCGCCGGGGUGAUCUCUGUGUGUGGGCUCAUGCUUCUCUACCUCAAGCUCCGUGGACGGCAGCUCCGCCAGAGCCACAACAUCACCGACUUCUACCGGCGGCUCUAG